GCCAAACAGUGAUAAUAACGACUCAUUAUAUAGAGGAGGCGCGGAGUGCGGCGAACGUGGCGUUCAUGAAUUCGGGAACAAUUCUGAAACAAUCGAAUCCAAAUCAACUGAUGGCUGAAUACCAGGUGUCGACUCUCGAGGAGGUGUUUCUCAGACUCUGUCAACAGGACAUCAAACGCCGUAAAAGCAGACAAUUGGAGGCCAUUGAAAGUCAGACGAGAAAAACUAUACAAUUAAGCGAUGUUUUGGCCGACAAUACCGACGAUCAGUUUGAAGACAAUAAUCCUGGAAAAUUAAACAAAAAACCUGUCGAGUGGUGUCGUAUUAAAGCAAUGCUAUGGAAAUACUAUAUACUAACCCUUCGGCGACCCCUUUACCUGUUUAUGUACUACUCUAUACCAAUCAUAGCGUUAACAGCCAUGAACUAUACCAUAAGUCAAAGCCCGUACAAUAUCCCGGUGGCCAUCGUUAACGCCGACUUGAAUCCGAAACUCUCGCAGUUGUAUUUGGACUCAAUUGAUCCCUACUUUUUGCGUCUGACAAACUACCCUGAUAACCAAUCGGCCAUUGACUCUAUAGUUAAGGGCAAGAAUUACAUGUCGAUAGCAUUUUCAGAGAAUUUUUCCGAUACUUUCGAGACUCGUAUAACCGAUGUGUUUGAUUUGACCGACUUCGAGGUGGAAGAAAACGCAGCGAUCGGAGCAUUUCUGGUGAAAUACAUGAUACAGGCGUUUAAGACAUUUCUGGACCGAAUGAGCUCAAUAAUGGGCGGACGGGAUCUGUUCCGCAUAUUGUCACCGCUGCAGAUACAGGAGGCCGUGUAUGGGGACACCGAUCUCAACAUAACCAACCAUUUCGGUCCAUCCAUACUUAUAGUGAUCGCGCAGAUACUGCCUCUCGUUAUAUCCGCCUUUCAGAUUGUGAUCGACCGUAAAAACAGUUCGUUUGAGAGGGUGUUUGUGGCGGGUGUCAAACCAAUUGAGUAUUUUAUGGCCCAUAUGGCCCAGAAUAUGCUCCUUUGCCUAACACAGGUGACCCUCAGUAUGACCAUCAUGUUCAUCGUGUUUAAUGCCACACAGUUGGGCAGUUAUGUGGAGAUUUUUAUCAUGCUACUCUUACAAGGAUUGCUCGGAAUUUCAAUAGGCCUAAUGGGCGCUCUUAUACUCGCCGAUGAAGUAUCCGUUGCCGUAUGGUUCACCGUAAUGUUACAAAAUGCCCACGGUUGCAAUAACUGGAUUUAUGCUCCCGUUAUGGAUAAUGUCGGUCCCAUAACUAUACCAUUGAAUUCGUUACGAUCAGUGAUGUUGAGGGGCUGGUCUUAUACCCGGAUGACAGUACUCUACGGCUAUAUUGUUAGCGCCGGAUAUUCACUUAUUAUAAACUCCCAGUUACAAUCAGUGGCCAACGGG